AUGGCGACCAGCGGUAGCAGCGCUCUACAGAACAUCCUCGACAACGCCGCCAGUAACGACUUAUACCGCUAUCCCACAGACUUCACGCGAGGAAUCAUCCCAAAAGCAUUCCACUCGCACAACGACUACUGGCGCGACGUCCCCUUCUACACCGCCCUCUCCCACGGCGCAAUCAGCAUCGAAGCAGACGUCUACCUCGUCAACAACACCGCCCUCCUCGUCGGCCACGAGCCCGCCGCCCUCACCCCCGCCCGCACCCUCACAGCCCUCUACAUAAACCCCAUCCUCGACACCCUCCACCGCUCAAACCCCCCUUCCUCUUCCUCCUCCUCGCCCCCCUCCCGCAACGGCGUCUACGACACCACCUCCACCCAGACCCUCUACCUCUUCAUCGACCUCAAGACCCCCGGCCCAGAAACCUGGCCCGCCGUCCUAUCCGCCCUCGCCCCGCUCCGCGAAGCAGACUACCUAACCACCUACGACGGCGAGACACUACGCCCAGGCCCCAUCACCGUCGUCGGCACGGGCAACACCCCGCUCGCGCUCGUCCAGGCGCCCGCAAGCGCGCAAUCCCCGCGCUACGCAUUCUACGACGCGCAUCUUGCCCUGCUCGACACGAGCGAGAGCAAUGUAACGCGGUUUGAGGCCCCGAUUGCGAGUACGGCGUUUACGGCUGCCGUGGGGGAGGCGAGAGCGGGCAGGCUGAAUGAGACGCAGAGGGCUGUCGUGAGGGCGCAGGUUGAGGCGGCGCAUGCGCGCGGGAUUCUGACGCGGUACUGGGAUCUGCCGGGGUGGCCUGUCGGGACGCGGAAUGCGGUUUGGAGGGAGUUGUGGGAUUGUGGGGUGGAUUUGGUGAAUGCGGAUGAUUUGAAGGCUGUGGCGGAGGAGUGGGUGAUGGAGUGA